AUGUCACAGAUACUAAAAUCAUUUCCAACCAAGGAAAGACUUCAUCAUAUAAGAAAGACAUAUUGUGAAAUAUUCAAUCAAUAUUAUAAUCCACAAGCAAAAAGAAAUCCAAAUAAUAUCCUAAGAAAACCUUUAAAAGGUCCUCAAUUUUUAAAAUGGUAUGGUGAUAAUUCUUCAACUCCAACUUUUUCAGAUUUUAAAAAAUGGUUUCCUGAUUUAAAAUUAGUGGAUCCAAGAGAAACACACAGACAAUUUAUGGUACAAGAUAGAAAGAGAAGAAACAAGGGUGCUCCAAAGAAGAAAAAAUUGUAA